CUACGUCCGAUCGAGAAUGGAAUUCGGGGGCUACAAGGGUACCGGACCCCACAUCAGGUUGCGCCGUCGCUCGAAAUUGGGCAGACGGCUCACCAGGAGGCUGUCCCUCGUUGCGAAAAUGCCGGCUGCGAUUCUCAGCAGGGCGAACCCACCGGAGCCAAGACCGGUCGAGAUCACGGCGAUUGCACCUGACAAGACGCAGCUCACGUUAUCAGCUUCAUCGCCUGGAGCUAUUUCUUCUGUGGUCGCCCCGAUACUUUUGAAAUAUCGAGUUUGCAGACCUCGAUUGCUGCUUGCUGGUUCAAGGGCUGAAGUCGAUCCUGCGGCCGAUGUAGCUCUUCUACAUGGCGAAGUUUUACUUAUCGAGGAUUCUGCAAGGCAAUUCAAUGCAAUCGGAGACACAGAUCGCAAGUAUAGAGCUACAGAGAAGGUGUUGCACGCGGAAGAAGAGUAUCAUGAAGUAUUGUGCAGCGCCAAAGAAUUAUACGCACGUCCGCUGGCACGGAGUUACCCCGAAUUUCACGAUGUUAUCUUUCAACCUCUCGCAGAUCUGUCGCGAGUCAGCGCAGAACAUUGUCAGAGGUGAAAAAAGAUAUGGCGCAGUGGAAAGUGGAACACCUACGGCUAUGCGAAAGGAGGAAA